AUGACGAUGAACGAGAAGAAACCAACUGAGUACCAAGGCCUCCAAGUCAUCGGAGGCGGCCUACCCCGAACAGCAACAACGUCCCUCCACAACGCCCUCGAAACCCUCGGCUACGCCCCGUGCCACAACUUCCGCAUGCACAUCAUCGGCGACACCCUUCCCUACACGCACACCCGGACCUGGCAACGCCUCUUCGACCCGCAGACCCCCAAAUCCACCCGCCGCGCACUCCUCCACAACCUCUACACCUCCACGGCCGCCCCCGCCGCCGUGGACUGCCCGACAUGCUACUUCGUAGAUGAUUUAAUCGAGAUGUAUCCCGACGCAAAAGUCGUCCUCUCCAUCCGCUCCUCCCCCUCAGCCUGGAAGACAUCCUUCGCCGCCACGAUCGGUAGGGUAGCAACUCCCUCCAUGAAAUUCGCCACGUUCUUCUUUCCCGGGAUGACAUUCGGUGUCAUCCCCUUGCUAACCCGCAUGGACGAGCUGAGUCAACGACGCUACGGAUGCGCUUGGGGCGAGGAGGCUGCGUAUGAGCGGCACAAUGAGUGGGUGAAGAGGGUUGUGCCUGAGGAGAGGUUGUUGGUUUUCGAGCCGAAGAUGGGGUAUGAGGUGCUUUGUGAAUUUCUUGGGGUGGAGGCGCCGAGGGAUGGGGAGGGGAGGGUGAGUGGGUUUCCGAGGGUUAAUGAGAGUAAGGGGUUUGAGAGGGCAUUGGGGGUUUUUGCUUGGGUUGGGUAUGGGAGUUGGGUUUUGGUGAUUGGGGUGGUGGUCGGGGUGGUGAGGCGGUUUAUGUGA